AAAAUGACUUUACGUCUUUACGGAGCGGCGGCCUCCUUUUCCUACUCCCCCCAGAAACUACGGCGUCGUUCAGAAAUUUAAGAGCAAUUGCGACUUCAACUUACCAAAACUUCACUUCUCGCUUCUCCACCAAAACCAUCCUCUCAUCGCCGACUCGCUGCCUUCGGAUGGAAAAUGUCGAUCGGAGCAGUCUAUCGAGAGGCGCUCUCAUCGUCUUCGAAGGGCUCGAUCGCAGCGGGAAAACCUCGCAGUCGGCGAGGCUGGUCUCAUUCUUGAAGGAGAAGGGAGUGCCGGUCGAAGCGUGGAGGUUUCCGGACCGGAGCACGCGCGUCGGGCAAAUGAUCUCGGCGUAUUUGGCUAAUGAGUCGCAGUUGGAUGAUAGGACGAUUCAUUUGCUCUUCAGCGCGAAUCGAUGGGAGAAAAGAGUUCAGAUGGAAAGCAAACUAAGAAGUGGAACUUCUCUCGUCGUGGACCGCUAUUCUUAUUCUGGAGUGGCUUUCUCAUCCGCUAAAGGACUAGACAUUGAUUGGUGCAAGGCUCCAGAGGUGGGCUUGAUAGCUCCAGAUCUUGUUUUAUUCCUAGAUGUGCCACCAGAGAGAGCUGCUGAAAGGGGAGGCUAUGGUACUGAGAGAUAUGAACAACUUGAGUUUCAAAAAAAGGUUGCACAGUAUUAUAGCAUGUUGCGUGAUCCUACAUGGGAGAUUGUUGAUGGGUGCCUUACUGUAGAGGGCAUUGAAGAAAAGUUGAGAGGGCUUGUUUCGGAGUGUAUAGACACAUGCCAGAAGGGGAAGCCUGUAACCAAUCUCUGGCCAUCCAAAUAGAUAAAUCUUUGCAAAUAUAGCUUGAUAUCAGCUUGUUUAUGUGAGAUACGAAUCAUAAUCUCAUAUCUAUGAAGAUCAAAAUCGUUACUGUUUUGUGGAUUGCUACUGAAGAAAAAGAAUCACAGGAUGUAGUUCAGAAGAUGAUCAGGUUUAGUUAUGGGGGAAGGCUUUUUUAUCUUUGCCUUUUUCCUUUUCCCCAUAUCUUGAUUUCUUUGAGUGCCUCAUCUAUAUUGUAAGAGUUCCAUUGCUGUGAGAAAUUGCCCUUUGGUGUGCUAAUCACAUUUCUUAAAUAAUCUGAGGGUCCUUUGUGCUCGUUUGUCUACGUUUAAUUAGUCUGAUCAUAUAAUAUUAUCUUUAAACUCAAGUUAUUGUGUAAAACCAUUGAGGAAACUUUACUGACAAGACUUUGGCUUUAACCUCAUGUUCUUGAAGUUCCACUCUGUUCUUUACG